UUUGAUUGGCUGUGCUGUCCCAGAGAUUUCUUUAUGCUCUUCCUCUGUUAUAAUUCUGAACAGUGAGUGACGGACCAGGCAUGCACAGCUUUUGCGUUUGCUUUAUUUAUACGGAUUAUUGUUAUUAUUUUAAAUAGACUUCUUUUUUUAAAGCAAGGAUAUCAAAACACAAAAGGACAGCAAACAUGACAAUCAAACACUGUGACUAUAGCCAGCAGUAUCGGCCUCGAAUGGCUUUUACUAAAAAGAUUGAAGCACUGGUUUUGGAGAUGCAGGAUCCUGACACAGGAAUCAAGACACAGACUCAGAGGCUGGUUAUCACCACAAUCCCUCAUGCAAUGACUGGCCACGAUAUACUGGAAUGGAUUAUAAAUCGGUUACAGAUUUUGGAUGAAGAGGCUCAUAACAUUGGAAAUUUGGUGGUCCAGUAUGGUUACAUCUAUCCCCUACAGGAACCAAAGAACCUCAUUCUCAGACCAGAUAGCAGCUUGUACCGAUUCCAGACACCUUACUUUUGGCCCACCCAGCAGUGGCCAGCAGAAGAGACAGAUUAUGCAAUUUACCUUGCAAAGAAAAACAUACGAAAAAAGGGGGUGCUGGAAGACUAUGAAAAGGAAAACUACAAUAUACUUAAUAUAAGAAUAAAUCACAAGUGGGACUUUGUCAUAAUGCAGGCUAAAGAGCAGUACAGGGCAGGAAAAGAACGGAAGAAGGCUGACAGAGUGGUCUUUGAGUUUCAGGAGAGAGCCUAUUGGCUAGUCCACAGACCACCACCGGGAGCUCCCAAUGUAAUUGAUUACGGCCUGGACCGCUUCUCUGAUCCCAAUGAAAAACAGGUAACACAGAAAAAAACCUUUGACGUGUACAGAAGAGAGAUUAUCUUCAACCAGCAUUCACUGAUGAAGUCAAGGGUCAAGUCUUCGGUCUCCCUGGGAGGGAUUGUCAAGUACUGUGAACAGUAUUUCAACCACGACCCCAUCAUGACAGGCUGUCUGCCCAGCAACCCGUGGCUUACUGAUGACACACAGUUCUGGGACUUGAAUGCUCCCUUGUCGGAGGUCCCCACGAAACUGCGUGUGGAGCGCUGGACCUUCAGCUUCAGGGAGCUGCUCAGCGACCCCCGAGGCCGGCAGGACUUCCAGCUCUUCUUGCGGAAGGAAUUCAGCGGGGAGAACUUGGCAUUCUGGGAAGCCUGUGAAGAUUUAAAGUAUGGCGACCAGUCGAAAGUGAAAGAGAAAGCUGAAGAAGUGUACAAGACCUUUCUGGCUCCUGGGGCCAGGCGCUGGAUUAACAUCGAUGGCAAGACCAUGGACAUCACAGUGAAGGGUCUCAAACACCCUCACCGCUAUGUACUAGACGCUGCCCAGUCGCACAUCUACAUGCUCAUGAAGAAGGAUUCCUACGGUCGUUAUAUGAAGUCCCCUAUAUUUAAAGAAACCUUGAAUAAGGCCAUCCUUCCUGAGCCGACCAAGAUCAGUGAGAGCAAGUUCCCAUUCAACAAGCGGCACCGCAGGUCCAGUCCAAGCCCGGUCAUCCUGAGACAGCUUGAACAGGAGGCCAGAGCCAAGGCUGCCACCACGGGACCCGUCGACAUCACCCAGCUGUGUAAGUUCACAGCUCCUAUUCCUCACCUGACUGUGUAUACCGGAUUCUGUGAACCGACCUCCCAGACUGGCACCGCUUUGUGCGACUUCCCUCCCCCAUCUCCUGGCCUCAUGACCCUGCCAAACAGCACCGCCUGCCCCUCGCCCAUCUGCGUGGCCAUCGAGAGCACCCCUGCCUCUGAGAGGAAGUCUGAACCCAGCUCCAUCUCGACUCAGUUCCUCUCCAUCGCCGAGAGCACAGAGAUGUCGGUCAGCUCAGAUUCCAGCACGGCCGCGGUGGAGGAAACCAAGCAGCCCUCGCACAAAUCGCGCGUGGCUCUCUCCUUCAGCCGUUUCCUGAAACGCGGCUGUUCCAACUCUCCCAUCUUCGCCACACUCUCAACCAAGUGCCCAGCCGUCAACAGCAGCAGAGUGCAACCUCUGAAUGGCGAGCCACAGCACCAGCCCCAACAACAUCACCAUCAUCAUCAUCAAGGGCAACAAAAACCAAAGAAGACUAACAACUUCUUUCAGAUCAAAGUGGACAUCCCGUCCGAGUGCAGAAUCUACCCCAUUGUCUCCGGGGACGAGGAGGAGGAGGAGGAGGACUGUCCCAAUUCUGUGAAGAACAACACAGUGAAACAGGUAAUCUGUCCCUGGGAGACCAUCACAGAAGAAGGCAAGGCUGGCUGAUACACAACACACUGGAGAUCCUUACCACAUUCAAGGACUUCUUCCUAGUAAAGGCCAUUAAAGAACUAAAUAGAAAUAAGCAGCUACAUGACGUCCAGUAUGUUCAUGUGUGUUCCGUUCAAAAGUGUUUUUCUAUGUUAGGCUCUCACGUAUACUGUGAAAUCAAGAGAUCCGUCAGUAACUCGAUGAAAUAAAUACUUUUGCAUGAAACAAAUAUAAUCUUGAUUAUGUAGGGCAGAAUGGAUUUCAGUCAUUGUUUAAUUAUUCUUCCUGGGAUUACACAGACAUCUGUAUGUCUGUGCUUAGCACUUAUGUAUUUGUGAGGUUUGAUCAAGUCUGUUUUACUUUCUUCUACUUGACUGGCUGUCAGGGGGUUUGAAGGUAGCUUCUGUUACUGUAAUGUAUGGCAAGCCAUCGUGUCAUUUUCAUACACAUGACUCACCAAGUUUGUAGUCAGUUUUUUUAAUUCUGUAAAUAUACACGGUUAAUCCUUGGCUGUAGAUAAUGUAAAUUAGUAUUUAUUGUUUACAUAAGUGUAUGAUGUUUUUACACUGAUGUAUUGAAGACUACUGUGACAUUCCUUAUAGAUGUGAACUGUUAUUUUCAUAUCGUUUUCCUGUCAGGAAACAAAGGAUAAUAACUGUUUGAACGUAAAUGAAGUUUGAAAAAUGCUGUACCGUGGCAAAUUCCAUUAUACAAGAUUUGUACACAGUAAGUGAAUCUUUUUGUUUUGUUUACAUGUAAAAUAUGGAAUUCCUCCACAUUCAAGCGGAAUUUGAAACAUCUGGUUUGUGCAAGUGCCUAAAUAAAAAGUA